UAUUAGCGGUAAUAAUAAAACUUGUUGAAGUCUCAUUUAAAGAGAAAUGACACAGGGUUAAAAAAAAUAGCAUGAAACAGCUCUGUGGGUUGGAGCAAUUAAUAUAAUACACACUGUUCUUGCCAGAUGAUAAUUAUCCUUAAGGGCAUGGCAGUGCCAGAAAAAAGGUGAUAAAUGAUUUAAAGAGUUAUAGUUGUGCAGUGAUUAUGAAUAAACCUGGACCCACCCAUCUCCAUUAGUUGCCCUGAUACAAGCCCAGCCCAGGAUAAAAUGUGAGGGAAGUGUGAGCCACCCCACCAAAGAGCAGAGAGCAGGGCAAAUAUAAAGAGCGUGGACACCCAGUUACGGCUAUACAGCCUCUCUCAGUCACAGUGCUCUCACUGCUUGUUCUGUCUCUCUCUCUCUCUCUCUCUCUCUCUCUCUCUCUCUCUCUCUCUCUCUCUCUCUCUCUCUCUCUCUCUCUCUCUCUCUCUUGCUCCACUCUCACUCCCUCUCUUUGACACACACACACACACACACACACACACACACACACACACACACACACACACACACACACACACACACGCAUAGACACACAAUUUGCUCAACUCUUUCACAGACACGGGUCAGGCGGCCUCACGUUUCACCUUGCUCUGCCCCUGGUUGAAAAGAGAGGGAGCCUCUGCAAGGUGCAGCAAUAGUGCCACGGUGGUUUUACAGCCGGGUAAGGUUAAGUCAAGAGACCUGACGCUCCAGGGAAACCUGAGAAGAGCAAGAACCUUCUUUGGAGAUGGAAUUACAAAGUGCUACAUCACCUCUGCAGUAAAGGAGCAGGACAACCAGACACACAGACUCCAGACCAUCAUAUUGUGACUCACAUCAGUUCGGUUUGCCAUGCUCUUCCUGAAUGGUUCCUGGUGAAAGCAGCUGCUGCUCACAAGGACUCUACGCAGUGGGGUGGCGAAUGGGGAGCACCAUCAUGCCAGCUAUUUGUGCAAAGUGCACCUUGGGAGUGUGACCCACCAUGUGCAAAUGGACGGCGGCCGUUGCUGCUCACUGCGCCGACCUCACCUCUAACGGCCCAGCCCAUACCGGGCUACCUCUUCUGCCCGGCGCUCUCCCUGUGCGCCUUGCAUGCAUCUCCUUUCUUCUCUUUCUGGCCAGUGCAGCUCUUGCAGGAUGCCCGGCCGGACUGGGUCAUGACCCGCUGCACGUGCUGGCGCGGGGCACAAACUGCUCAUGGACUCUGGAACGCCACACACGCAGUUACAACCACCUGGAGGGUGACGUUCGGCUACGCCGCCUAUAUUCCGCAAACAAGUUCUUCCUCUGCAUCGACAAAACAGGCAAGGUGGAUGGCACACGGCGCAAAAACUAUCCUGACAGUCUGAUGGAAAUCCGAUCUGUUAGUGUGGGAGUUGUCGCCAUCAAAUCUGUCAGCACCGGCCUGUACUUAGCUAUGUCCAAAAAAGGCACACUUUUUGGAUCGGGAAGAUAUAGCCCAAGCUGCAAGUUUAAGGAGCGCAUCGAGGAGAACGGCUACAAUACGUACGCAUCCCUGCGCUGGAAGCACGGCGGCAGACAGAUGUUUGUGUCGCUGAAUGGUCGAGGGAAGCCACGGAGGGGCCAUAAAGCGCGACGGAGACACCCUUCCACUCACUUCCUCCCAAUGCUCCCAACAUAGCUGAAAUCUCUAAUUAGCCUUAUUAUUAUUAUUAUUAAUGUCAUACACAUAUAUAGCUGUAUAUGUAUGUUUGCAGAGGAUUAUUUCUACGUAAUCUUUUGGUAUUGUCACAUAGUAUAUUAACUUAUUCCUCCAUCCCUGUUAGCUUAAAGCCUAAUAAAGCUUUUGUAAGGUGUUUAAUAUUAUACAUAAGCAAUUACCUUCCAUAAUUAUGUUUCAGCUGGAGAAGCUAAGCAUUUAUAACAUCUCUAACCAGCGGUUGUAAAAUACAUUAUCACAUUUACCUAAACAGGAAUAGACUAGUAGGUAAAAUUUCAGAAACAAAACUUCCCCAAUCACAUAUAACGGAAAUAUAAUAGAAAACUAUUUGUGUUAUAACAAUUGUGUCUAUGGAUUUGAGAAAACCUUUUUCAAGCUGUUUGCAUAUGUUCAGAUGUGUAUUUUUAUGCCAGGUGUGUAAAUAUGAGUGGAAUUGCUUCUAACAUAUUUGCUUCAAUCAAACUACACUUAGAUUAAUCAAUGUUACAUAGAACCUUUUUCUCUAUUAAGGAAACCUUAACUGUUAUAGGUAGAAGACAAAAAUUAGGACUUCACUUUCUUCAAUUUCAUUCAGGUAUUUGAAUAUAAAUUUUGUAUAUUUGAACUAUAUUCACAUCACAUUAAAUUAAAUUCCUCUUUUUUUCAGUGGCGUAUGUAAUAUGUUAUUAUUAUUUUUUUUUAUUUCUUUUUUUUUCUUUUCCCAAUUUUUAUUAAACACUUUACAAUAGCAGGACAUGAAUAAUCAUGCACUUAGACUUGAGAAAAAAAACUAAACUUAAGAAGCGCUAAACUUAACUAUGACCUGAGUCUUAUGAAUUCCUGUGUAAAUAAUUACCAGAAGUUGUUCAUUAGUUAACGUGUUCUAUUUUUUGUAUACAGUAAGAAAGAAUAUGAAUUAUACAAGCAUCAUUUAAAACUGCUUAUAGAAUCUUCCAUUUUUUUCCAAUUAAGUGUGUAAACAAACACUGUAUGGUACUGGAUUACUUCCAUAAUUUACAUGGAUCCUCCUUAUCGAACAUAGAAAGACGCAUUAAUAAUAAACACAAAAAAUUUAAUCUCAACCCAUUUUUGCUUCAUUCUCACUCCAUUUCUCUUCAAAUCACAUAUUUUGUGUUAUCUGAGUGACUCGGGCCCGGGGCUUUGCUCCUUUGCUCCUUUACAGUAGUGUCUGCUAAAUGAAGGAAUGCUGCAAUGGAUGGGCAAAUAGAUGGGUUGAGAUGAAAUUGCUGGUGUCAUUAUUGCAGCUUUCAGACGUGAAAUCAUAAGCCUCACUAAGAAGUUAAAGGUAGCUGAUCUUUAGUUUGUGAUUAGUAAAUGUCUUAACGCAACAUUAUUUAAUUUUUAGGUAUAAUGAAGAAUAAAUUCUGCUGUUAGUGCAGGAUUAUUCAUGUACUGUUAUUUCUUUGUUUUGUGCUUGUUAACCAUGCGAUUUACUUACAAACAUAUCAUUCAAAAUUACAGCUUAUGGUUUUGAGAAAAAGCUUGUUUUGAAAAUGGUUUGAAAUAUAAAAAAGAAAUUUGAACCAUAAAAGCAAAUCACAGAAAUGCAGGUGAAGUGUUUUGCAUUUCCAACCUGUUUUAAUCACAUUUCCACCAAGACCAAGUAAGCUACAUCUCUUUUUUUUCUUCUUUAUUCCACAGCAAUAUCCAAAUUCCUGUUAAGCAGCUCUCCAUAGAAAUUUAAGAUUAGCCAAGACAAGGCAGAUCAGUUUCUUUGUUUAAUCAUGCACUGUUUUCUGGAUGAUUCAUAUUUGGUCCAAUUUAUAUAAACUCUAUUAUUUUAGUUUAUUAAAAAAAUUAUUAUUAUUUUAGGCAAAUCUUUUGCAAGUUUUAUUAUGUAAAUCUCU